GCCACAGUUGCUUCGAGGCGGCUUGAAAAAGUUUAAUAUUUUAUGUGAUUUACCGCAAACUGAGGAAAGGCAGAAGGAAGUUGAGGCAUAGAAUUGGUGGGUGAAGGAUUGAAGGACACGUGGCUAGAAGGAUAUAACCGCAGGAUGUAAGCAACUUGUCCCUGCCGGCUGCCCCUGUACCUCCUGCCAGCACGGAACCCCCCACCCCUGCCAACCUACCAGCCCCCUGUACCCCCUGCCAGCCCCCUGUACCCCCAACCAGCCCCUUAUACCCCCUGCCAACCCCUACUAGCCCUUGUCAAACCCUCUUCAACACACCCCUUCCUCUCCCUACCCCUGUACACUUCACCCCACCCCCUGCCACCCCCCUGCCACCCCCCUGCCUACCCCUGCCAGUGUGAAGCCAUGGAGGAGGAGAUGACGAGCCGAAAUGCGUCCGAUGAUGCAUUUCAAGCUAUUCUGAAUUCAAAAACUAUCGGAAAUCGAUUUGCAAAACAUUCAAGAUUUCACAAGAGAACCAACAAAACUCCCUCUUCUCUUCCUUCUCCCUGGACAAGAGACAAAACAAUAAAUCAACCCAGCCGAGCCACCACCACCACCAGCACCACCACCACCGCCACCACCACCACCACUGCUACCACUAACCCCCUCACCUUCUCCCCACCCCCCUCCCCAGUCCUCCACUUCCACCAGCACCCCAUUAUGACCUCCAGGAAGCUGAGGCAACACUCCAUCUCCACGCCUGACCUCCACAGCAAGGUCACGCUGGGUCAAGGUCACAGAGAGGUCAAACCGAAAGUUGUUAGGGCUGUUAAUUUCCUCGCAAGUUUAGAGAAGGAGAAUGUAAACAAUGCUAUCCUUUCUUCCUCCUCUUCUUCCUCUUCCUUGCAUCCUCUCACCUCCUCCUCCUCCCUGACACAUCUUCCCUCCUCCUCCUCUUCCUCUUCCUCCUCUUACCCUUCAUAUUCUUUCACUACUACUACUACAACUGCUUCUUCCUCUUCCUCCUCCUCCUCCUCCUCCUCCCGGCCACCUCUGAGGGAACUCCUGCCCCCCACCCCCUCCCACACCCCCCACACAAGGAGCAGGGGGUCAGUGAGGAACCGACAACCACCACCACUUCCUUUCAGUCUCGUUUUGCAAGGCGGUUUGUUAAGAAUAGUGCUGCUGCUACUACUACUACUACUACUACUACUACUACUACUACUACUAUUGCUACACCCUCCCCCUUCCCCCCCACACCUACACCCACCCCCUCUGCCCCGUUACACUGCGGCAUGUCACUUAUUAAGACACCUACGUACAGAUAUACAGACAGACAGGCAGGCAGGCAGACAGACACACACACGCGCGCACAGGAGGGCAAAACGCACACAGCCACUGUCACGCGCACACACAUGAGUAGAAUGAAUGCACAGAACGCACAUGUACACACAGAUAGACAUGCUGGAACAAACACACACACACACACAAGCACAGUAACAAAAAUGCACACAAACGCACACACAAACGCACAGAGAGACACACAUACAAACACACACACAAACACACUUGCAAACACACAGAGAGACAGACAUACAAACACACACACAAACACACAUACAAACACACACACAAACACACUUGCAAACACACAGAGAGACAGACAUACAAACACACACACAAACACACGUACAAACACACACACAAACACACGUACAAACACACACACAAACACACACACAAACACACACACAAACACACACACAAACACACACACAAACCCCAAGCAAGAACCAGCCCCCCCACAACAGACCCCCAGACCCCCACCAGGCCCCCUACCCCCACCCUCGACCCCUGCCACCCCCCUGCCUGCACCCCCAACUCCUCUGGCUGCCCCUCCCACUAAUCAUCUGGUGGUCAACGGCAAGAGGUACCAGAAACUGCGUCUUCUGGGUCGUGGCGGGUCAAGCAAGGUGUUUGCGGUAUUUGACGAGGAGAGCCAAGACGUGAGGGCCAUUAAGCUCGUUAACCUGGAGGGGCUGGACCAAGACACCCUUACCUCCUACAGGAAUGAGAUACUUAUGCUGCAGGAGCUGAAGGAGUGUACCCGGGUCAUCAGGCUCUUUGACUUCGAGGAGAUGGGGAACCAACUGGUGCUGGUGAUGGAAAAGGGGAGCAAGGAUUUUGCUUCCAUCUUGAAUGAGUCUCGCAAGGAAGGAACACCCAUUCCCUAUUUCACCAUUCAACACUACUGGGAGGGCAUGCUGAGGGCUGUACACCAGAUUCAUCAACAUGGUAUCAUCCACUGCGACCUCAAACCAGCUAACUUUCUCAUAGUGGAUAACACAGUGAAGCUCAUUGACUUUGGCAUCGCUUCGUCAAUCCCCAACGACAUGACGAGCGUGGUGAAGGACAGCCAGGCUGGGACCUUCAACUACAUGAGCCCUGAGUCAUUGCUGGACAUUCACAGCGGCCCCAUUGUGAAUAACUGUGUCAAGGGCAAGCCGGCCAUUAAGAUCAAGGUUAAAUCAGACGUCUGGUCGCUGGGCUGCAUCCUGUACAACUUCACCUAUGGCCGCACCCCAUUCCAGCACAUUCCGAACACCCUGAUGAAGCUGGCGGCCAUAUCCAACCCCAACACCACCAUCACCUUCCCCGCCACCCGUCACCCGCACCUGGAGGACGUCCUGAGGCGGUGCUUGCAAUACGAACCCCUGUUGAGGCCUUCCAUAGAGGAACUUCUGGCGCAUCCUAUGUUAAGCGGGUGAUGGUGGUGGUGGUGGUGGUGGUGGUGAUGGUGGUGGUGUAAUUGUUGUUGUUGUGGUUGUGGUGGUGUUCUAUUACUGCUACUACAAUAAUAAUCAGUAAUAAUGAGUCAUUUAUGUAAUUAUUAUUAUAUGUUUGCCAUUGUAUAUAAUUUAUUUAGUGCUUGAAGGAGUUAUUAUUAUUAUUAUUAUUAUUAUCAUUUUAUUCUACUAUAGAUAAAUAUUCUUCAGAGAGAGAGAGAGAGAGAGAGACUGUGUGUGUGUGUGUGUGUGUUCAUCCAGACAAUCUUAUGUAAUCUUCUAUUCUAUUAUUAUUAUUAUUAUUAUUAAAGUUACUGUAGUUUAGUUGUGCCAGUAAUGAUGAAUCUCUCUCUCUCUCUCUCUCUCUCUCUCUCUCUCUCUCUCUCUCUCUCUCUCUCUCUCUCUCUCUCUCUCUCUCUCUCA